ACUGGUCGAAGGCUGUUGUAAAGAGGACGUGAGGAUGGUCAACGUGUCCCACAGCCACUUUGUCCUGGACGGCUUCAGUGAGCUGGGAGCGCUGCGGCCCGUCCUCUUCGUCCCUUACGUCCUCAUGUUGGCGCUGUCGCUGUGGGCCAACUCCCUGCUGCUGUACGUCGUCAUCUCCCAGAGGAGCCUCCACUCGCCCAUGUACAUCCUCAUCGCCGGCAUGGCGUGCGUGGACCUGAGCCUCCCGCUGUUCUUCGUCCCCCACAUGCUGCUGAGCUUCCUGUUUGACUGGAGGGGGAUCUCUCUGAUUGGCUGCCUGGUUCAGAUGCACUUGAUUCAUUUGUUAGGAGCUUUUCAGUCGACGUUGCUGCUGUGGAUGGCGCUGGACCGCUACUUUGCCAUCUGCACGCCCCUCUACUACCACGACCGCAUGGCGCUGACCAGAUUCCUCAAGUUCAUCGUCCCGCUAGUCCUCAGGAACGUCUUCCUGGUCUCGCUGUUCGUGAGCCUGGCGGGACGGCUGUCCUUCUGCUCCAGGAACGUGAUGAACCACUGUUUCUGUGAGCACAUGGCCCUGGUGGAGCUGGCCUGUGGGAGCACCGCCACCAACAACCUGGCCGGGCUGCUGACCGUGGUCCUCGUCCCCGUAGCCGACUUCAUUGUAAUCACGGCCUCCUACGUCGUCAUAUUCAGCUCAGUGCUGACUUCGGGUCAGUCCGGUACCAAAGCGCUUCACACCUGUGUCACCCACAUCGUGGUCAUGAGCGUCAGCCUGACCAUCAUCCUCACAGCCUUCCUGUCCUACCGGAUCAGAAACCGUCUCCCUGAAGCCGUCCGGGUUUUCUUCAGCACCAUGUACCUGCUGUUCCCGAGCUGCUUCAACCCGAUCGCCUACGGCAUCAGAACCGCCGAGAUAAGACAGCAGAUCAUCAACACGCUGACGAGCUUUCGCUUCCUCCGAACCGGGACUCAUUCUUAA